CGUAUUUCACCACGUGCUGACUAGGAUCGUGAAGAUCUUAGGCACGUAAGAUUGACCUAAUUCGGCCGAAUACCCCCAAACUGGAAUACAUUCUGGUCUCUUGUCAUCUCCUUCCCCGACGCUGAAUCAUGCGCCUCUCUUUAACACUUACUAACCUAAGGCACUCUUCUUUGUCAUCAAUAUCGCGUUAGGAUGCCAGAUCAAUAUUCGUUCAUAAUAGCGGAUCCCGCGAGCGGGAAGACAAGUCCUGCCGAGAGGAGACAAAUCCGCAGUCAUUGCAUGAUUGGUAAAAAUAAGCGUGAAGGCUCUCGUCGAUCUCGGCAGACCAGACACGGAAAUAGCAAUACACCACCUAUAGCGAUCGAAGAUCUAGGUAAAGUUAGUACAGCAUCGGACGGGAGCCGCAGCCAUGCGGCUAUCCAAUGGCCCAUGCGGGUUCUCCCCCCUCUUCUAGAUUCACGGCUUUUGCACGUGGCGACGGAGGCCGGCUUGUCGGCUACGGACAUCGUAUCUCAGUUUUUCACAUUUAAUGACCUCAAACGAGCCAUGUACCCAGCAUACAAGUUUGUCAGCUUCCGAACACUCGACCAGAGAACAUCCCGGUGGCUCGUCCGUGACCUGGCCUUUGUCCAUUCCGUGGUAGCAGUUACUUCCAUAUAUCAAAGCCUCACCCAUAAAACGCCACAUUUUCAUUUACAACAGGCCUUGUCCCAUCUCAACCAGAGCCUAUCUAGUGGUCUCGAUGCCUCUUCGUUAGGACCCAUCAUCUAUACGAUAACUAUGGUUGCGGCGAUUGCUGCGGAGUUGGGGAAUUAUGCGGAACUUGGCGUGCAUCUAGCUGGUCUGCGACAGAUUAUAAAUGGCUGUGGCGGUGACGGCUAUCUUAGGUCUGAGGUCGAGCUCUGCUUCGAGUUGCACCGGUUGGACCUGGCAUAUGUGGCAGCUACUGGAAGCGUGCCCAUAUUCCUAUUACGCGACUCUACCCCAAUUACCUGGACUCCUAUUUUUGACGCUCAUCACCAGCUUCAUGACCUCGAAUUCACCAAUAGUCUCACUGAUCCACGGCUGAUUGUAAUAUGUCAUGAUCUUAAACACCUUACCAUUAUGGUCAACGAGCACGCUGAUCAGAGAUCUCGGAUACCAGGAGCACUUUUCAAGAGCGCAGUGGAGUCGAUUCAAUCCCAUCUCUUGCAACUAGGGGGCGAUGCUAAUUGCAUCAUCGACGAGUGUCUGCGUCUGGGAAUCAUGGCUUUUCUAACUAUUACCUUAUUUCAGAGUCCCAGAGGCGGUGGGCUCUCAUCGAGGAACACGGGUGUUGUCCAGCAUCCUGCGAGGCAGCGUAAUUAUAUCGCUACGCAUCUGCGCGACGCGUGCCAAGCUAUAGAGGUAUCAUCACCGCAUCUAAGGAAACUUGUCUUUUGGGUUCUUAACGUCAGUGCCAUGUCGAUAUACGAUAUAUACGAAGAGCCUUGGUUGGUUGAGAAGUGGAGGUAUAUUCUAGACGAAUUGAUCCCAGGGGGUCAGGGGGGGUUAUCAUGGGAAGGGGUUAAGAUGGAACUCGAGAGCGUAUUUUGGAUCAACUGUGUGCAUGAUGAGUUGGGACAUAAGCUGUUUAAUCGACUCAUAGCAAGAUCAAUGAAUCGAUAACGGCAUGCUGCCGAAAUGUGAAUUACGAAGUUUUGACUUUGAGGAGUCUAUCUCGAGUUGUGUACGAGUAUGUGAAUGAAAAGGGGGGGUGGCAACCUUGGAAUAAAGCACCUCUGCACCAUCAAUCUCGUAUUUCUUAACCUUCACCAAAUAGAAUUAUGCUCACAAAUAUGUGAGCUAUACUCAGG